AUGGCUCCAGGAACUUCAUCUUUUGUACUAACAAAAAAACAACUUUAUGCUCUUGCUAAUGAGCGUAAUAUCAAUACAGAGUUCGGUAUAUCCCAUCCGUACGAUGGAAUCGAGGGAGUACUAAGAAACUUACGAGUUCGAGAUUUAAAUCAAGGUCUUGAUGCGUCAAAUCAAAUUGAUUUGGAAGAACGUCGUUCCGCAUUUGGAAAAAAUCAAUGGUCAGGUACCAAAUUAGAUCGACAGGCAACUGUAUUGAGAAAUGGAAAAAUUCAACAAAUUCCAAUUGUUGAAGUUGUCGUGGGUGAUGUAUGUCAUGUCAAAGCGGGAGAUAAAUUAUGGGCCGAUGGUUUAGUAAUUGAAUCGAAAGAUCUUAAAAUUGAUGAAUCAGAACUGACAGGCGAGGCAGAUUUUGUAAAUAUACGUAUUGGUGUUAUGAUACUCGCUGAUACUGACGUCAAACAUGGUACAGGAAAAAUGGUUGUUACUGGAGUUGGUAUCUAUACACUAACAGGUGCAAUUGAUUGGAUCAUGGGUCACGUCAGUCGUGAUUGA